UCGACUUAAAAAAAAAAAUAAAAAAAAUAAACGUACACAACAACGGGGCAUUUAAUUAAAUAAAUCGCAAUCAUUAGUCAACGGCCUGUUAUUUCCAGCCGCCAAAUCGGACAUUAUAUCGGACAUUCUAUAUACUAUAUAGCACAUUUCGAGAGAUCAAAUCUGGCGAGAGAAAACGCAGAACAGGAAACAAUUGAAAUCAUCUGAGAAAACGAACAUGGAUCUGAAAAUGGAGCUGGGCGGCUACGUGCACUCCGCACCCAACACGAAGCGCUUCGUCGUGGAGGACUCCAUUACCAAGGUGACCUCCGAUGGCGAGCCGCACGGCAUGAUGACCAUGGUGGCCGGAUUGUCCGGCCUUUUGGCGGCCAUCAUCAUUCUGGCCGUCCUUGUGUCCAUGGUAUCUUGUCGCAAGCAGAAGAGCAACAACCGGAAGAGCAAUUCCUCCGCCAAUGUGGUGGCCAUGACCAGUGUGGCGCAGGAUCAGCCCCAGUUGGCCGGUAACUUGAACGCAGCGUUCGCUGAGAGCACUCUGACCUUGGACAAGGUCAAGCAGGGCACGGAGGACCAGUGGCGACCCACAGCCGUGGUGGUGGAGCGGUACUAGUGGAAGCACCACCGCCAACCAGCGGCACAUGGGCACGUGAUGUUUAUUGUAAACGUUUGAGACUGACACUUAGCCUAAGGAUUUCCAUCACCAUCUUAUAUCUAUAUAAAAUAUGACACCUUUUUUUUGCUUGUUAAAAUAUUAUACUACUAUACUAUAAAAUAUGUGAAAAUAUAUAUUUGUUAGAAUUAAAGGGAAAACUGUAAAACUAUUUCA